CUCAAAGGAGGACGGGUGAACACCGCGAAGAACAAAACCACACAUUCACCAUCAUAAAUAAAACACCAGCCUCUACUCCAGCAUAAGAACGAGCCCCGGGACCGUUCGGGGGGAUCCGGUCGCCGCCCGGAGAACAUCGGCUCAGUUUCGGGUGAAAACUAAACAGGAAGUCGUGAGCUUUGUGGGACGUGUAGUUCCGCUCGCAGGCCGCGGAGCUUCACAACAACGCGCAGAAUAAAGAAAAACAACAAUAAAAUAAUCGAAGCUUCGCCGCUGCGGAGGUCACCAUGCCCGGCUUUACGUGCUGCGUGCCCGGUUGCUACAACAACUCGCACCGGGACCGGGACCUGCGGUUCUACACGUUCCCCAAGGACCCGGCGCUGCGGGAGCUGUGGCUGAGGAACAUCUCCCGGGCCGGGGUCAGCGGCUGCUUCAGCACCUUCCAGCCCACCACGGGCCACCGGGUCUGCAGCGUGCACUUCGCCGGCGGGAGGAAGACCUACAGCAUCCGGGUGCCGUCCCUCUUCCCGCUGCGGGGCGUGAACGAGCGACGGAGCCGGCGGGGCCGAGGCAGGAAGGUGUCCGCCGGGGGGGCUGCCACCUCCGGGAUCGUCAUCACCAGCGUGCUAGGCAACACGGGGGACGGAGCCGAGGGCGUCGAGGCGAGCGACGACACCAUCACCGUGGUGCAGAUCGGCCAGAACGGGGAGUACCUGGGCACGGCCCGGCUGCCCGCCCCGUCGGAGGCGACCUGCUACACGGCUGCGACCGCCAGCGCGGACGAGCUCAACGCGGACGACUCGUCGGUGGACGCCGCGUCCAUCCUGCAGCAGCUGCCGGUGCAGUACGUCAGCGUGACCAGCAGCCCGCUGGACCACUCGUACUCGCUGACCACCGGCACCACGUCCACCGAGCUGCUGCGGAAGCUGAACGAGCAGCGGGACAUCAUCGCCCUGAUGGAGGUGAAGAUGAAGGAGAUGAAGGCGAGCAUCCGUCAGCUGCGCGUGGCCGAGGCCAAGCUGCAGGAGGAGGUGCGGGAGCGGGACCGGCUGCUGUACGGCAACUCGGUGGCUCUCAGCGUCCGGAAGAAAGUGUGAAGGGUGACACAUCACCGGAGACCACCCGGCACAGAGACUCGGACUACCGCAGAGACCACCGAGGGGUCCUGGACACAGCAGAUCCAGACCUAUUUUGUAUAAAACUGCGAGCGAUGACAAUUUAAUUUUCAUCAAGUAGAGUUGAUUUUUCGUAGGCCUGUUAAAAGAAAGUUGGCUGCCUAGUUUAUGUAGCUGAUAGUAAUAAGUGCAUUGCUAAUCACAUACAAACAUGAGAAGUCCACUAUUGACCUGCAGCAGAGCCAAGGUCAAAAUCGUGUUUUAUUCAUUCAACAGGUUGGACGGACUCACCACAUAUUUACACCAGAAGUGAUGCUAAAAGCGGCCUAGUUGCAUUUAAAGUUUUUCUCCUGAAGCUUCUCUCUAACACAGUUUUAACAUUUGAACUGAAAACCUCUCAUUAGCUUGUGGAGGUCAUAUAAGGUAAACCACGGUAAAGAAUCUAUAGGAUUUCAUUUUAUAACCAGAACACUAUCCUUGGCACAUUUAGGCUGUUGGUCAUAAACUUAUGACUUUAUCUGAGUUGCCUUCAAAGUUGUUUUAUUUUUGAUGCUGACAACUUCUGCACGACCAGAAAGUAAACUUUAAUGAAUUCCUUAAGACUUGAAAGGGCACUCAAAAGAUGGAAUCCUAUUACAGGAUGGUUGUUGCAUUAAGUCAAUUUGGACUUUUUUCCUGAAGAAAUCUUAAGAGAAGCACCAAAAAAACCUUUUUCUCAAGAUACCUUAUGCAACUGAAAUAUGUGCGUCUGUCUCCGAGGUUGUUCAGCGAAACAGCGCCUGUGUGACUUAUUAUUGUAUGUGCCUGUUUAUGGUCAGAUUGUUUUUCUCUCUCACAAAACAUUAGUGGCUUCAUCUCUCUGUCCUGUUCAUGAGCGUUUCAUGCACUGGAGGUCAGGCUCAUUUCAGAUUCUUCAACUUUGUCCGACAGCUAUGAUCUGCCCUCAUUUGAAGGAAAUUUCAUUUUGAAAUGGCACCGACUAAUUUCAGAUGUGUCCUGACUUUGUCGAGUGUCACAGUAAUGAAACAGACUAGGUCAGAAGAUCCUGGUGUACUCAAUGUUUUUACCUUUGAGUAAAAACCCACGGGGCUGCACUGAGGGCUUUUGUUUGGACUCUUUAUAGGAAAGAUGAAAUAAAAAAAAUAUUUAAAAGUU